AUGAACUUUGAAAACUAUACCAGAGUGACAGACUUUGUCUUCUUGGAACUUACUCAGUUUCGGGAGCUGGAAACUUUCUUGUUUGUGGCAUUCCUUGCUGUGUACAUAACGAUGCUGCUGGGAAAUGUUCUCAUUGUGGUCACCAUCACCUAUGAAUCUCGUCUUCACACACCCAUGUACUUUCUCCUCCGGAAUAAAUCCAUACUAGAUAUUGUUUUCUCCUCCAUUACUGUCCCUAAGUUUUUGGUGGAUCUCUUGUCAGAGAGAAAAGUCAUCUCUUACAAUGGAUGCAUGACCCAAAUAUUUUUCUUCCAUUUUGCUGGUGGGGCAGACAUUUUUUUCCUCUCGGUUAUGGCUUAUGACCGAUACCUUGCGAUCUCAAAGCCCCUCCACUAUGUCUCCAUCAUGAGGAAGGAAGUAUGGGUUGGAUUGAUUUUGGCUUCAUGGGUAGGAGGUGGUUUGCAUUCAAUUGUCCAGAUCAUUCUGAUCCUCCCCCUCCAUUUCUGUGGUCCCAAUGUCCUGGAUGCUUUCUACUGUGAUGUCCCUCAGGUAGUGAAGCUUGCCUGCUCAAACACUUUUGCCCUGGAGUUGCUGUUAAUCUCCAAUAAUGGCCUGGUGACCUUACUAUGGUUCCUGCUGCUUUUGGGGUCCUAUACAGCUAUCUUGGUGAUGCUCAGAUCACAGACAGGAGAAGGGAGGACUAAAGUCCUGUCCACCUGUACCUCCCAUAUUAUAGUGGUGACAUUACACUUUGUACCCUGUGUUUAUAUCUAUUGCAGGCCUUUUACCACACUGCCUAUGGACACAGCUGUGUCCAUCAACAAUACUGUCAUCACUCCCAUGCUCAAUCCCAUUAUCUACACCCUGAGGAAUCAGGAAAUGAAGUUAGCCAUGAGGAGAUUAAAAAAACGACUUGUGUCUAUUGAAAAUAAUUAA